UGUCGAGUUCCCAUAAUACUUGUCAGUGGAAUACAUCGCUGUAUCAAAGUUUUCAUAACAAGUGAAAACAAUCCCUUAUCAUAUCAUCCCAAGUGUUGAAGCUUAGUAUCAUUAAUAAAAGAAUCGUGCCCUCCUUAAACUAACUCACACAUCAAAUUUCCACUGUUGCAAUGUUUCCCAAACGUUUUAAGGACCCCAAAACAGGUUUUCAUAUGCUGAGUUCAAUGCAUGCGAAACAAUACAUGAAUAAAAUUGGGUUGGAAAGUGAAGAUUACUACUUUUAUAAACAAAUUGGAAAGGCCUUACUUUGCACCUACACCAUACUUGGUGGUUUGUGGAUUUAUAACGGGGGUUCGCCGGUGGAGUGGUGGAGGAAGAAGUCGCCAACAAUAAAGGAGAAGUUUGAGGAGGCCAAUUUGUACCUUGGUGAGGUAGAAUCGGUGAAGGAGUUUAUAGCGAAAGGAAAGAUGAUUGGAACCACCCUUAAAGGGAUAGUUGAGAGCGAUGAUAAGGAUGCAAGCGGGCGGGAAGAGAUGGUGAAAAGGAAGGCUGAUCAGGAAGCUCAGAAGAUGUGGUUGAAGAUGAAGAAUGAGGUUGUAGCCGAGCUUCGGGAAAAGGGAAUUGAUGUGGAGUGAUUGCAUAAGUAAUGUUUGUGUCACUUCUAUGAUUCAUGAACUGAUUUGGUUGCUAUUGUAGUAUACUUUAGUAAACAUAUGUUAUGGAUGCUACAUGAUAAAUAAUGAAUGACAUUGAUAAAUAAUGAAACUGAUAAAAAUGUUUGAUCAA